AGAGCUAAACUGCAGUCACUUCUUUACAGGUGCUGCUGAUGGAGUGGUUAAUGGACACGUCUAUCAGGAAAGCAACGGUCCAACAGACUCCUACGCUGCCAUAUCCCAGGUGGAUCGACUGCAGUCGGAACCAGAGAGUAUCCGCAAGUGGAGAGAGGAGCAAAAGGAGCGCCUGGAGCAGCUCGAUGCGAAUUCACGGAAGCAGGAAGCAGAAUGGAAAGAGAAAGCAAUAAAGGAGUUGGAGGAGUGGUAUGCAAGGCAAGAUGAAAAUCUCCAGAAAACAAAAGCCAGCAACAGGGUGGCAGAUGAAGCUUUCUACAAACAACCCUUCGCUGACGUGAUUGGUUAUGUCACAAACAUAAACCAUCCUUGCUACAGCCUAGAACAGGCAGCUGAAGAAGCCUUUGUGAAUGAUGCAGAAGACAUUUUUCCAGGCACUGAGUGGGAACGUGUGGCUCAGCUCUGUGACUUUAAUCCCAAGUCUAGUAAGCAGGCAAAGGACGUGUCCCGCAUGCGUUCAGUCCUCAUCUCACUCAAGCAGGCUCCGCUGGUUCGCUGA